AUGUUAAAUUCUUGGGGUCCGGCAAGCCUGUUGGUUGGCCUUGCCCUUGGCAACUAUGCUGCUGCUGUAGACGUUAUCACCAGUGACAGUCACUUCUAUGGCCAGUCUCCUUCAGUUCACCCAUCUCCUGCCGGAUCUGGUACUGGGGACUGGGCCGCUGCCUACGUGAAAGCUAAGGCUUUUGUGGCUCAACUCUCGGAUGAUGAGAAAGUUAAUCUCACUGCUGGUGUAACAACUGAGACCGGCUGCUCUGGAUUUAUUCAAUCCAUCGAUCGUUUGGGAUUCCCGGGUAUCUGUGUCAGUGAUGCUGAAAAUGGUCUCAGAGGCAGUGACUACGUUAAUGGUUGGGCCUCUGGAAUUUCCGUCGGAGCCAGUUGGAACCGUGACCUUGCCAAUGACCGAGGUAUCCACAUGGGCAAGGAGUACCGCAAGAAGGGCGUGAACAUGAUUCUUGGCCCCGUCGCUGGUCCCCUCGGUCGUGUAGCAGUUGGUGGACGUAACUGGGAGGGAUUUGCUACCGAUCCUUAUCUCAGUGGAAUCCUGAUCGCCGAGUCCAUCAAGGGUAUCCAGUCCCAGAAUGUUGCAACAUCACUCAAGCACUUUAUUGCCAAUGAGCAAGAGACUGCUCGCAAUCCUACCACUGAUUCGGAUAAUAACACUGUCCAGUCUGUCUCUUCUAACCUGGACGACCAGACUAUUCACGAACUCUACCUCUGGCCCUUCCAGGAUGCUGUCCUUGCGGGUGCCACCUGUGUCAUGUGCUCUUACAACAGAGUCAACAACUCAUACGCCUGUCAAAACAGCAAGAACCUGAAUGGUUUGCUGAAGACUGAGCUUGGCUUCCAAGGAUACGUGGUUUCUGACUGGUAUGCUCAGCAUGGCGGUAUUGCCAGUGCCAAUGCUGGACUUGACGUUGUGAUGCCUUCAUCGACGCUCUGGAACAGCAACUUGACCACUGCCAUCGCGAAUGGAACAAUGGAGGCCUCUCGCCUAGAUGACAUGAUAACGAGACUUAUGGCCACUUGGUACUACCUGGACCAAGACACUGCCUUCCCUAACCCCGGCGUUGGCAUGCCUUUAACCGCAAAUGCCGCGCACCAAGCUGUAAUUGCCACCUCCAGUGAAGCGAAGCCGAUUCUUCUUCAAGCCGCUACCGAAGGCCACGUUUUGGUUAAGAACACCAAUAACGCCCUCCCUCUGAAGUCCCCCAAGCUGAUUUCCGUUUUUGGGUACGAUGCCUAUACCCCAAUGACCUUGCAACUCGCCUCCGAUUUCGACUUCAGCUUGAACUCAAUCACUCACCGAGCAGCUCUCUACCAAAAUGGGACCCAAUAUGUUGGCGGUGGCUCCGGUGGAAACACACCUGCCUACGUCGAUGCUCCUAUUAGCGCCAUCCAGCGCCGCGCCUACGAGGACGGCUCGUCUCUUCUUUGGGACUUUACUUCCGUAACCCCAGUUGUGGACUAUACUUCUGACGUUUGCCUGGUCUUCAUCAACGCCUACUCCACUGAAGGAUUAGACCGCGACGCGCUUCAUGAUGCCCACAGCGACGCUAUCGUUAACAACGUCGCUGACAACUGUGCCAACACCGUCGUCGUCGUUCACAACGCUGGUAUCCGCACCAUUGAAUCAUGGGUUGACCAUGUCAACGUCACUGGUAUCAUCUAUGCCCAUCUCCCCGGCCAGGACACAGGUCGCGCUGUGGUGGAUAUCCUCUACGGAGAUGCCAACCCAUCCGGAAGACUCCCUUACACUGUUGCCAAGAAAGAUUCUGACUAUGGCGACCUCUUGGAACCCGCCAAGCCCGAGGGUAUUUACGAGUUCUUCCCCCAGUCUGACUUCUCAGAGGGUGUGUACAUUGACUACCGUGCCUUUGACAAGAAGGGUAUCGAGCCCCAGUACGCCUUUGGCUAUGGUCUCUCUUACACAACCUUUGACUACUCGAAGCUCAAGGUGUCCAAGAAGGUUUCUUCUCCUUCCGAGUACCCGGCCAAGGCCGCGAUUGUCUCGGGUGGAAACCCCCGCCUCUUCGACACGCUGGCUACCGUGACUGCCACUAUCAAGAACACUGGUAGUGUUGAUGGCCAGGAGGUUGCUCAGCUUUACAUUGGUAUUCCCAAUGGCCCCAUUCGCCAGCUUCGUGGAUUUGAGAAGGUCCUCAUCAAGUCUGGAAAGUCGACCACAGUUAGCUUCAGCUUGACUCGUCGCGACUUGAGUACCUGGGAUACCACUGCACAGGAGUGGCUGCUCCAGCGCGGCACAUACAAGAUCUAUGUUGGUCGCAACAGCAGAGAUCUGCCUCUUGAGGCAACUUUGACCAUUUAG